AUGGGUUCGAUUUCAGGAGAGAUGGUGAAGAGGCAGGAAGACCAGGCUGCCUCCUUUUCAUGGUGGUGGGACAGCCAUAAUUGUCCCAAUCAAUCUCAGUGGCUUGAAGCUACUCUCUCAGAGUUGAACGAAAAGACCAAUCUCAUGCUAAAUAUAAUAGAAGUAGACGGAGAUUCAUUUGCAAAGAGGGUUGAGAUGUUCUUCAAAAGGAAACCUAAGCUCAUAAACUUGUUAGAAGACUUCUACAAGUCGUACCGAUCGCUCGCCGAGAAGUAUGAUCAGCUUCGAUCCGAACUGAUUCAAGCCUCUCAUCUGAGAUCAUUUUCUUCUUUAGAUUCCCUAAAAGUCCAAACCAUGCAAAAGUGUGAGAAGGAAAUCUCAAGUUACUUGAAAGACAAGUCUCUGAAGACACAGGUUGAGACAGACCAAAAAUCCUACGAAGAAUAUAUGGAAAAAGAGAACAUUGUUCAUGGCGUAGAAUCUGAUAUUAAUGUGGAUGAAAAAGUGAAAAUGUGGGACGAAAAGAUUUCAGAACUCAUCGAAGGAAAUAUGCAGCAGCAGGCUGAGUUGAUAAGGAGAAACAAGGAGAAAAGUGAAACGAUUGAAAGGCUUUUGUCUCAGGUGCUUAGGCUAACAGAUGAGAACAAAAAUUUGAGGAAUCGUCUGAUAUGCCAUGAGGAUACUACUGAUCAUAUAACUACAAGCCAAAACAAGCCUCAAUUUUCAAGGUCUAAGUCCAAAGGGCCAUCUUUCUUUGGAAGGCUCACUGGAUGCACUGGUACUUGA